AUGGAUGGUGCGAGCAUGAGGCGCCCGGCCGAGCGCGCAAAGACGUCGACCGAGCGUGCGGAGGCGGCGGUCACUACAGCAGCCUCGGAGAACGAGGGGAGGGAGGGGGAGAAGGCAGAAGGCGGCAUAACUAACUGUCGUGUACCGCUACGGCCCCGCCGGGAUGCCUUGGCGGGCCCAAGGCCGCUUCCCCGGGCGAGGCCCCCAGAGUCCCCGCAGUCCGGCACGCGCGCGGCCGAGUUAGCGCCCCGCCAUCUGGCCGGGUCCCUCCACACCGGGCACAACUCCAGGGGAGACACGACCCGACCUCCCCCGGGCGAGGCGCCAGACAGUGCUGCUGCCCAAGCGCCUGCCAGGGCCCUGCCCAAGCGCCUGCCAGGGCCCAGCCCAAGCGCCUGCCAGGGCCCUGCCCAAGCGCCUGCCAGGGCCCAGCCCAAGCGCCUGCCAGGGCCCAGCCCAAGCGCCUGCCAGGGCCCAGCCCAAGCGCCUGCCAGGGCCCUGCCCAAGCGCCUGCCAGGGCCCAGCCCAAGCGCCUGCCAGGGCCCAGCCCAAGCGCCUGCCAGGGCCCAGCCCAAGCGCCUGCCAGGGCCCUGCCCAAGCGCCUGCCAGGGCCCAGCCCAAGCGCCUGCCAGGGCCCAGCCCAAGCGCCUGCCAGGGCCCAGCCCAAGCGCCUGCCAGGGCCCUGCCCAAGCGCCUGCCAGGGCCCAGCCCAAGCGCCUGCCAGGGCCCAGCCCAAGCGCCUGCCAGGGCCCUGCCCAAGCGCCUGCCAGGGCCCAGCCCAAGCGCCUGCCAGGACCCAGCCCAAGCGCCUGCCAGGGCCCUGCCCAAGCGCCUGCCAGGGCCCAGCCCAAGCGCCUGCCAGGGCCCAGCCCAAGCGCCUGCCAGGGCCCAGCCCAAGCGCCUGCCAGGGCCCUGCCCAAGCGCCUGCCAGGGCCCAGCCCAAGCGCCUGCCAGGGCCCAGCCCAAGCGCCUGCCAGGGCCCAGCCCAAGCGCCUGCCAGGGCCCUGCCCAAGCGCCUGCCAGGGCCCAGCCCAAGCGCCUGCCAGGGCCCUGCCCAAGCGCCUGCCAGGGCCCAGCCCAAGCGCCUGCCAGGGCCCAGCCCAAGCGCCUGCCAGGGCCCAGCCCAAGCGCCUGCCAGGGCCCAGCCCAAGCGCCUGCCAGGGCCCUGCCCAAGCGCCUGCCAGGGCCCAGCCCAAGCGCCUGCCAGGGCCCAGCCCAAGCGCCUGCCAGGGCCAGGCCCAAGCGCCUGCCAGGGCCCAGCCCAAGCGCCUGCCAGGGCCCAGCCCAAGCGCCUGCCAGGGCCCUGCCCAAGCGCCUGCCAGGGCCCAGCCCAAGCGCCUGCCAGGGCCCUGCCCAAGCGCCUGCCAGGGCCCAGCCCAAGCGCCUGCCAGGGCCCAGCCCAAGCGCCUGCCAGGGCCCAGCCCAAGCGCCUGCCAGGGCCCAGCCCAAGCGCCUGCCAGGGCCCUGCCCAAGCGCCUGCCAGGGCCCAGCCCAAGCGCCUGCCAGGGCCCAGCCCAAGCGCCUGCCAGGGCCAGGCCCAAGCGCCUGCCAGGGCCCAGCCCAAGCGCCUGCCAGGGCCCAGCCCAAGCGCCUGCCAGGGCCCAGCCCAAGCGCCUGCCAGGGCCCUGCCCAAGCGCCUGCCAGGGCCCAGCCCAAGCGCCUGCCAGGGCCCAGCCCAAGCGCCUGCCAGGGCCAGGCCCAAGCGCCUGCCAGGGCCCUGCCCAAGCGCCUGCCAGGGCCCAGCCCAAGCGCCUGCCAGGGCCCAGCCCAAGCGCCUGCCAGGGCCCUGCCCAAGCGCCUGCCAGGGCCCAGCCCAAGCGCCUGCCAGGGCCCUGCCCAAGCGCCUGCCAGGGCCCAGCCCAAGCGCCUGCCAGGGCCCUGCCCAAGCGCCUGCCAGGGCCCAGCCCAAGCGCCUGCCAGGGCCCAGCCCAAGCGCCUGCCAGGGCCCAGCCCAAGCGCCUGCCAGGGCCCAGCCCAAGCGCCUGCCAGGGCCCUGCCCAAGCGCCUGCCAGGGCCCAGCCCAAGCGCCUGCCAGGGCCCAGCCCAAGCGCCUGCCAGGGCCAGGCCCAAGCGCCUGCCAGGGCCCAGCCCAAGCGCCUGCCAGGGCCCUGCCCAAGCGCCUGCCAGGGCCCAGCCCAAGCGCCUGCCAGGGCCCAGCCCAAGCGCCUGCCAGGGCCCUGCCCAAGCGCCUGCCAGGGCCCAGCCCAAGCGCCUGCCAGGGCCCAGCCCAAGGAGGAAGUGAAUCCUCCUUGUUGCAGGAAGGUAGCAUUGCUGUCGCUAGACUCUUCUCUGUCGCGUCGCCGGCUGACGCCCGCUCCCACGCGGCGACACUGGACCCCGCUCAUCAUCCUUCUCGUCCCUCAGUCGGCCACGUGA